AGGAGCGCAAUUCACACAGGCACACACAUGCUCAGACACGCAAGGACGAGAUAGAUUUGUAUCACUCUCUUCUACUCUCUCCACUCCGUCUCUUCAGCGAUUCCCAGUAAUGUACUUCGUGCAAUCUCAGAGGUCACAGAUCAGAGGUCAGGUCACCAUGGUAACAAUGAGCUGGAUGCUGCUGUUGUGUGUGCUGGCAGAGGGGUAUAGGUCAGAGGUCGGAGUUCAGGAGGGGUGCGGCCAUUGGAUGGGAGGUAUUCCUGGGACUCCUGGUCUGGACGGGCAGGAUGGGAGAGAUGGGAGAGAGGGACGCCAGGGAGAGACAGGAGACACUGGACUUCCAGGUGUGCGAGGUGAGAGGGGAGAGGUAGGGGAAGUUGGGGGGGACGGAUUCCAGGGACGACGGGGUUUCCCGGGGGCCCCAGGGCUGCAGGGGCAGAGGGGCGAGAGUUCCUUCCUGUAUCGCUCUGCCUUCAGCGUGGGACUAACCACACCCACUACCACGACAGACACACCCCUUCACUUCACCAAGAUCUUCUACAACGAACAGCAUCACUAUGAUGACAUCUCAGGGAAGUUCCGCUGUUUUAUCCCCGGAGUGUACUACUUCACCUUCCACCUCACUGUACAGGGUCAGGGGUGUAAGGUGGGGCUGUACCGUAACGGCCGUGUCAUGUCGCUGACUCUGGACCAGUUCCUGACCUCUGACCUGGACCAGUCCUCUGGAGGGGCAGUCCUAAACCUCUCAUCUGGAGACCAGGUAUGGCUGCAGGUGUAUGGUGCAGAACAGGAAGAAGUUGGAAUUUACGCCGACAUCAACAACGACUCCACCUUUACUGGCUUUCUGAUUCAGCCGCGCCUACCUAGCAGCCCAUUGGACAACCGCCGACGCUGACUUCCUGCUUUAGCUGUGCCUACCAGGCAGCUGAUUGGACAAUCUGCUCCACCAUACCUACUUACAGCAGCAGCUGCUUAUUUUCCAUCACAUCCCUUUUCCCCCCACCUCUCUCCCUAUCCCCCACCUCUACCUAUCCCCCACCUCUCUCCUAUCCCCCACCUCUCUCCUUAUCCCCCACCUCUCCCCCACCUCCUUAUCCCCCACCUCUACCUAUCCCCCACCU